GGAGGUGAGGCGCGUUAACAGGCAGGGUCUCCGCAAUGCCUGGGGUGGUGAUGUUCGGGAGGCGCUGGGCCAUUGGCAGCGAUGACUUUGUCUUCCCAGGAGCCUUCGAACUUUUCAUCAGAAUGAGCUGGUGGAUUGGUAUUCUGGUUUUGUAUGCGAUGCACAAGUCGCAAUUGGACUGUCCUGGUGGGAGGCUGUUGCACAGUUACCUUCUGGUCCUCCUCAUUCUCUUGGCAGUCAUCAUAUCUGCUUUAUUAUCUAUUGUGUAUAUCAGCAUGCAAGGAACAAUUUCCAAUCCUGGACCGAGGAAGUCCCUUCCUAAACUACUCUACCUGCGCCUGGCCCUCUUCUUGCCCGAGCUGAUCUGGGCUAUUGUGGGAGCCAUUUGGGUGUCGGACCACCGCAUCAGUUGUGACAGGACGGUGAUAAACGCCAUUUUUGGGACAGUGAUUGCGAGCUGGAUAAUCGUUGUCUUCACCGUCGUGGCGGUUGUCGUAGUCUUCGAUCCGCUUGGCGGGAAAAAGACCCUGACCCUCUCUGACUGUCCCAGUCGCAACUUGGAGAGCAGCCAGUCAGACCAGCUGUUUUACAAUGUCAAGAAGACAGCAACUCGAGUCUGGGAGAAAAGGAUUCGGUUACUGUGUUGCUGCAUCGUGCAAAACGACGACCACAGGGUUGCUUUCACCAGCAUCGCUGAGCUCUUCCGCAGCUACUUCUCAGACACCGACCUGGUGCCAAGUGAUGUAGCAGCAGGCCUGACUCUGCUCCACCAGGAGCAAGACAAGGUAGAAAACUGCCCUAAAGAGCCUGAGGAAGUGCUGACUCGCUCCCCGCUGUCUCCUGCGGUGGACGAUCUGGACACCGAGAUAGAAAAUGCUGCUCACUAUAUGAAGUUUGCCGAAGCCGCUUACGGCUGGCCGUACUACAUCUGGACUAAUCCUUUCACGGCGCUCUGUAAGCUUAAAGGUGACUGUUGUAGAGGCAACCCUGUGGAGACAGAUAUCAUCGGUGGCGACUGUCUGAACAUGCACUUUGGAUCCAUCUUAAAAAUAACGGGACUGCAGUACCGAGACUUCAUCCACAUCAGCUUUCACAAUAGAAUUUUUGAGAUCCCCUUCUUUGUUGCGCUGGAUCACAAGAAAGAGGCAAUCGUGGUUGCUGUGAGAGGGACUUUGUCCUUUGAGGAUGUCCUCACGGAUCUCUCGGCAGAUUGCGAAACCAUAACUCUGGAAGAUGUUCUGGAAAACGGUCUUGUACAUAAGGGGAUAACACAGGCUGCCAACUACAUCUACAGAAAACUAAUCAAUGAUGGGAUUUUGAAUCAAGCCUUCACCAUCGCUCCCGAGUAUAAGCUGGUCGUAGUUGGCCACAGCUUAGGAGCAGGAACUGCCUCCAUACUGGCCAUCAUGCUCAAAAAUGCUUUCCCGACACUGAGAUGUUAUGCCUUUUCUCCACCGGGUGGCUUAUUGAGUAAAUCACUUGCGGAUUACACUAAGCAGUUCAUCAUCUCCGUCAUUGUUGGCAAGGAUGUUGUCCCAAGGUUAAGCAUGGCCAAUAUGGAAGAUCUGAAGAGAAGGAUCAUCAGGAUAGUUGCAAACUGUAACAGGCCCAAGUACCAGAUCCUGCUGCAUGGAUGCUGGUAUGAAGUGUUUGGAGGAGACCCUGAUAACUUCCCCACUGAACUGGAUGGUCGAAACCAGGUUGCUCUGACCCAGCCUCUCCUUGCCGAAGAGAACCUCAUGGGUCAGCGGUCACCUUCGUACACCUCUCUAGCUGGGGAUGAGUCGCCUCUCAGUUCUCCUCGUUAUCCUCCCUUGUUCCUCCCAGGCAGAAUCAUCCACAUCAUCGAAGAAAACAGCCCAAGGAGAUGGUGCUCUUCAGAUGUCAAGUACAGCGCGAGCUGGUCCAAAGAAACUGCUUUUGGCAACAUUUUAAUAAGUCCGAAAAUGAUAACGGAUCACAUGCCAGAGGUGGUGGUCAAAGCUCUGAACAGUGUGGCUCAGGAAAGCGCCUCCUGCAUUUCCUGCCGGCCGCCAGGGGACCUCUCUACGAACAUUGUGUAA